AAAAAUGGAAGACUGAGUCAACCUUCAGCCAGUGAGAAUUGAACUGGCAGCAGCUGGCAGUCAGCAGAAGUAGCAUGCAGUACUGCAUUCUAAUCACUGUGCCACCACAGCUCAUAAUAAAUAGCUAGGUAUUUCAGAGAAUGUUUUGGCUAAUACCUUUUGAUAGUGUGAUUUCAUUUUUAGCCCAACCUAGAAUCUCUGCUGUGACUUUUAAGUUCAUGAUUCUUUACUGACAAAUGCUGACACCAGCUGGAUGCAAAAAAAGGGGGGGGGGAAAUAAAGAUAAGGAGGAGGAUAUUAUAAUUUUUAUUGUAUUCCAACUGUAAGUAAUGAGAUCAUGUAUGAUCUUAAAGUUUAUUUCUCAAAUUCCCUUUGAGAUUACAUAUGAGUUUAUGGACAGAAGAUUGGGAAAUUAGAUAGAUAUGGAAAAUACAGCAAGUGAAUACUUUAUCUUUGUAGAUUUGUAUAGAUGUUAUAUCCUUGAAGCUUGUGGAAGAGAUAGGAAGCAGCAAACAGCACAAAAGUCAUAUAGACAGAUUAUUUGUAAAGCAUAAAAAAGACAAUUUCAUUUAAAUACAUUGAUUUGAAAUUUUAUAUAAUAUUUGAGCCUACAUAUAGCUAACCCAUAAUGUAUAUUUGGUUUAGUUCCAUUGUGCAGUGUGAACGUCACUCUGGGUGGUAUGUAAGUCUGGCUGAUUACUUAACUGUGAUUCAUAGAAAAUUUACAAAUUAUAGCCUAGUGUAGCAGUUGAAUCUAGACAUUGCCUUCCUGUACAAGGUAUAAAAGAGCAGUUAAUUGUACGGUAUUUGUUCAACUCAAUCAAUGCAAUUCCUUCAGUGUCAGCAUUACAUCUUUGGAUUAGUUUUCUUUCCAUCGAAGCCAUAGAAUGUUGAUGGUGCAAAUUGUGGAUGGAAGAGUGGGGUUAUAUGAUUGGCGGCCCCGUGGCAACCAUUGUGAGGUCAUGAGAGCAGCUGGAAGAUCCUUACCCUGCCUGGAGAGCCAGUUGGCUUAUAGAUAGUAGAUAUUUCCUGGUGUGGUACAGGCAAGAAAAUCUGUGCUCAUACCAGAUAUCGAACCCCAACCUAUAAUGGCCAACAUUGUGGUGAAGACUAUCUGGCAAUCCAAAGAAAUAAAUGAGGCUGGAGACACACCGACAAGCAUUGAGAGUCGAGCCCAGAGCAACAAGGAUCAGCUUGGAAAGACUACUAGCAUCAAGGGCUUUCCCAAAAAAAAGAAAGCUGUCUCUUUCCAUGGAGUUGAGCCCCAUUUUACCAGUGAAAGUCCCAAUCUGAAUUUGAAGCGUUCUUCUGCUUGCACUAAUGUUUCUCUCCUGAAUCUAACUGAUGGGGAACGUGAUGAUUCCACCACGGAGAAUGAAUCCACAGAUGAUGGAGGUCUACCAGGGGGAGCAGGAGGCGAAAGACGGGAUCCUCUAUUUCCUAUCAAGCCAGCAUGGUCAGAAGAUGAAGAUGAAAGUUCUAGCCAGCAACAGGAAGUCAGCAACAGUGGCCUUUUGCGAGCCAAGGACUCCAUUACCAGUCUCAAGGAGAGGACAUCUAAGGUCAACCACCAUCUUCAGAAUCUGCAGGAAAGCUGUCGAAAGGUGACAAAAUCUGUGGAGGAUGCUGAAAUUAAGACCAGUGUGCUGGAAGAAAAUUCAGCCCUCCUGGAGGAGAAACUACGUAACUUGCAGCAACAAGUUCAAGUAGAAGACUUUCGUUGGAAAUGCAUGCUGGAGCUGGCCCAGAAGGAAGCAUUGCGGCUGCUGGCCCAGCUGGGGGUACGCUUGGAGGGGGUUCUUCCCCAGCGGGAAAGGACACAGGUGGAACAAGGCCAGGAGCUCAAGAUGCUGCGGGAGGAACUGGAUGAAGUCUCUACCACGGCAAAACGGACUUCAGUGUCUCUCACUCAGCUUCGGACAGACCUGGAUGGGCUCCUGGAAGACAUAUCCCGACAUCUUGCAACAUUGAAGAAUAUGGAAGCGUCUGACCGGCCUCCUUCUAAUUGUGCUAGAUGUUCCAGCUACAGCAUUGUGAAUACAGAGGUGCUGCGAAAGAUGUUUGAGCAUGCGAUGGCACCCGUUUUGGAGGAGCUGAAGCAGCGGGCCCAAUCAGAAGGCAUAUGCCCUAGCUGCCAGCGUUUGCAGAAGACGAUGGCACAGCGAGGCACAGAGUAGACUAACCCCAGACCCUCCAGCCCCCAAUAAAAUGUUUCCAGAGUGCAACCUUUCUGGAGCAUUUUUCUGACCCUAAGUGGAUGCAGGCCAGAUUGAGAUGGCCUUGUACUGGGAAGUCUGGAGGCAGAUUCACCUUGGCUAUGGAUCUACCAUCUGCAAAGCUGCCGCAUCCUGAAUCUUGUUCCCAUUCUAUUCUGACAUCAGUUCACCAAAACCUCUUGCAGAAGUUUGUCUAAACACUACUAAAAAUAGUUUGAGAGAUUGGAAGAUGAACCCGUGAUCUUCAGUGGGCAAAGCACUAUUGCUUUGUCACUAAGCUUUUCUUCCUCUCACCUUGGCUCAUACAGGGAAUUCAGUCCAUAGUCCAAGAGUUAAAUGCAGCCUCUGAAAAUCCUGUAUGUGCUUUCCUGAGCAAUUCUGUUAGGGCUGAAUGUAGAUUUAAUGUGAGUAAAAGUGAAAGUCAUUACAUUGACAGGGAACAAUCAGUGAUAUUAAUUGUAAUGAUAAAUGUAAAUUAAAUUUUGUUUUCUCCUGGCCCUGUUGAUUUUGACGAGUGCAGCCUCCAUAUGCUUUUCCAAAGGUGAAUGCUACAAAUUGCUCAGCUAUAGUUUUGCACUACCUUCCGAUUGAAUGAUCUUCCUACCUACUUCCAUGUUGCUCUUUUUCGCAUUUGCGUCUAUUUUCCUAUAAACAAUUCUUUGUACUUUGUAGGAAGGAUAAUAGCACUGAGGUUGGUGUAAGACAGUGAAAUAACUUUGGGGAGCGGAAACCACCUUUCCAUAUCCAGUUGAAUAAAUCUAAAGGCAUUCACAAAAAUAGUGUAUUGGUGAUGUAACAUAUUGCCUGUUCAAGCUUCAGGUUUUGGGAUAUGUGAGCUCAGAACACAGUCGUUUUUUUUCAUUAAUAAGCAAAAUAGCUUAUGUCUGUUUCAAGUUUUUAUUCUUCUUGUAAAGUUCACUGAAAGUUUAGUGUCAGUUUUGUUCUAUUUUAUUUAUAAACACAUCUUUUGCAUAUAUAGAAAUCCAUCACUUUUGCAUUGUUAUUUAUUCCCCGGACAUAGUAUCCUAGUCUCUUGGUAGUUAUAUGACAGACAAUUUCCAGCUUGUGUCCUAAUUUUAAAAGUACUCUGUAAUUGAUCUGUCACUACCCAGGUAUUCCUGUAAAGGGAAAUAAGGUGGGAGCCUGAGAAACAAUAGGGUAGAAGAAAAGGAAGAAGAAUCACUAAGGAGUUUCUAAAUAAAAUUGUGUGCGAAGAUAAAUUUAGUUUUGCUCUUUCUUUCCCUUCCAGCUUUUUGUGACAUGUAGCUGAAAUUGUCAAGAGAACACCAGCAUUUGCCUGGGGCAGGCAUUAUUUGUUUAAUCAUUUUAUAUCCUUGUGCAGCCUUGUAACUAAGCUAGCAGUCUUUCUUGCAAAAGUUUUACUGGGUAAAAAGCUGAGCAUAAGCUAUUGCAAAUCAAACUGAACUAUAAUGAGUCUCUUGAUAGCCCACAAGUUAACACCAGUAAAGCAAAGAUACCAAAUUGGUAGUUCCAGGUAUUUCCCUUCCUAAGAGAUAAAUGUGUACUAGGAAUCCUACUUGUUGAUGUUGACUAUAAUUACCUACCAAAUGUCAGAAAUAUGUAAGUUAUAGGUACUUGGGUUCAUUCAGCUACCAUUCAGUUAUGACAGUGCUAAAAAAAGUGAUUUACUAUCAUCUUUGCACUUACAAACCAUUGUGCAUCCCUGUGGUUAUGUGAUCAAAACUGGGUGCUUUGCAAUCAGCAUGUAUUUAGGACAGUUGCAGUAUCCUAGAGAAUGGAAAUCAUGUGAAGGCAUAAAAUAUCAUAAUAUCAGGUGCACCUCAAUGACUGCCUCACUUAGUGAUGGACAGUCCCAAUUAUGGUUGUCAGUUGAGGUCUCCCUGUAUCUGCUGUUCUGGGGACAGGGAGUGAAGCUAAAAGGUGUGAGUCAUUUAAAAAAUAAACUCAGUUCUCACAUCCUAUUUGAUAUCCACUGCCAUUUCUCUGUCUAUGGUAGCUCAUAAAUCAUCCAAAAUAUAAACUAAAAGUGCAUCUUUCUCAUCUUUCAGCUGCUUAAUAGUUGCUCAACCCUGCAUUAAGAUCUAAACUGUACUAUAGUGUUUUUUUUUUU